GGCCACUCUCCGGACCGGCUCCCGGUGAGGGCAUGAAGAGCUGGUUGAGAGGAGGCAAGAGAGCCAGGCUGUUACAUCUCAUACAGGGUACUGAGUGCACUGUAGCCCCAGUAGCAAUGGAGGACAGUGACCAUGAGGCUCACUCAUCAUCAGAUGACCUGGACUCCCCACCGCCAUCCCCUGGCCACACCAGGGACCACCACCAUGAGGCCGAACAGCACUCAAGCCAUUCCAAGGAUGACUCUGAAGACUCUGAGUUGGAGAACAUCAUGCAACAAGACCCCCACCACAACGGGGGCCACCCACACCCCCACCAGCCUCCGCCCGGCUAUGAGCACAGCCCCGACCCGGUGGACAGGGAGGCGGAGGGGGGCGACAGCCCCCCCAACACCCCCGGGAUGCCCACCUCUGGAACCCCCACCUUUUUGCGCCCCCCCACGGCGGGUGGCAGGGCCCAGUCAGACAACCAGGGCAUAGGGAGGCUGCAGCUGGGUGGAGGUGGGAUGGUGGAUCACUAUGACAUGCAGUCUCCCCUCAGUCCCACCAGGCCCAAGAGCCCCUGGGGCCGCUUUGACCCCUAUGACUUUCCACAGGACCAAGACAAGGAAUACGUGGGCUUUGCCACACUGCCAAACCAGGUGCACCGUAAGUCUGUCAAGAAGGGCUUUGACUUCACCCUGAUGGUAGCAGGGGAGUCUGGUCUGGGGAAGUCCACCCUGGUCAACAGCCUCUUCCUCACAGACCUCUACAAGGACAGGAAGCUACUCAAUGCUGAGGAGCGGAUAACUCAGACAGUGGAGAUAACUAAACACACAGUGGACAUUGAGGAGAAGGGCGUCAAGCUGAAGCUCACCAUCGUAGACACCCCUGGCUUUGGAGACGCUGUCAAUAACACUGAAUGCUGGAAGUCAGUGGCGGACUACAUCGACCAGCAGUUUGAGCAGUACUUCAGGGACGAGAGUGGACUGAACAGGAAGAACAUCCAGGAUAACAGAGUCCACUGCUGCCUCUACUUCAUCUCUCCCUUCGGACACGGUCUGAGGCCUCUGGAUGUGGAGUUUAUGAAGGCCCUUCAUGAGAAGGUCAACAUUGUGCCAAUCCUGGCAAAGGCAGAUACACUCACACCCACCGAGGUCAAGAAAAAGAAAUUCAAGAUCCGAGAGGAGAUCCAGCAGUUUGGGAUUAAGAUCUACCAGUUCCCAGACUGUGACUCUGAUGAGGAUGAGGACUUCAAACAGCAGGAUCAGGAGCUCAAGGACAGUAUACCGUUUGCAGUGAUCGGCAGCAACACAGUCGUGGAGGCCAAAGGGAAGAGGGUCCGGGGUCGUCUCUACCCCUGGGGCAUCGUGGAAGUGGAGAACUCUGCGCACUGUGACUUUGUGAAGCUAAGGAACAUGUUGGUGAGGACACACAUGCAGGACCUGAAGGAUGUGACACGGGAGACCCACUAUGAGAACUACAGGGCUCACUGCAUCCAGAGCAUGACCCGCAUGGUGGUGAAGGAACGCAACCGCAAUAAACUGACCAGGGAGAGUGGCACAGACUUCCCCAUCCCUGUGAUACCAAGUACCACAGACACAGAGACGGAGAAGCUGAUCCGAGAGAAAGAUGAAGAGUUGCGGCGAAUGCAAGAGAUGCUAACAAAGAUCCAGGAACAGAUGCACACGCAGAAGGAGGCCUAUUAACCAAGGCUACUACUAGAACCCCCAUCCCUCUGUAAAUACAGGCUUUCUUUCCCUUCUUUCCACUACUAGGGUGGGCAUCUCUAGUACCACUCUACUCUACUCCAGUCCACAAACAUUGUCUACUCCAGCCCAUCCAACCUCAACAGCCACCACUCCUCAUUUAGUCAAUUACCCUCACUAUCAGAGACUGAUCCAAGACCAGGCAUGAGGCAUUCACAGACAGGAGGUGGUGUGGUGAGAAGUUUCCUCCUCUUCCAACAGCAUGGAAGUCCACACCUGUUGUGGAAACUCUGACGGUAACAACGGGCACCCCUGUCGAGCGCCAUUGCUAGAGCACAACACCGGGACGGACAGCACCGACCUAACCACCUGCUUGUCCUUACAGGUUUACGGCCGGGUCCUGCCUGCCUGCCUUCCACCCAUAGUUUACCUGUGGUCUUGUCUUGAACUUUUUGCCUUCCAGUUCGUUGCUAAUACUUCAAUGUUCCUUGAUGUUUCUUCUUAGUGAACUCUAACCCUGACAUUGGUUAAGGGGUAGACUGUAGCGCAUGUGUUGUCCUGUCCCUCUGCUAGGUGUUUGAAAGUUUAUAUCAUAACAAGUUUAGAUGUGUGGUCUUAACCACCCUAGACAAGGUAUGUUGUGAGGGAGGUUGGCCUGCCAGAUUUGUAUUUUUUUUACUACAAUGUUACAUUUGUAAACAUGUUUGUUACAGGAUUGCAUCUAUCACUUGUAAUUAUUUUAUUUGCAUUGCUACACAGAAUAGCGAGAAAUUCCUUGUCGUGGAAUGAAUGAAUAAUUUUUUUAUUUUUUAUUUUAUUUUUACAAAUGUUACUGAUGUACUGUUGUGUGUUUUUGGACAAAUGUACACUAUCGUUCAAAAGUUUGGGG